GCGCGCCCGGAGCGGCGGCACCGGCACGGGCAGCGGGCACCGGCACCAGCCCCGGACAGAGCUAGUGGGGAAGAAUGUUUUCCUCGGUGAAGCCAUACGAGAACCAGCGCUACGCCUCCCUGAAGAAGGAGUGUCAGCGGCGGAAGCAGCUCUUUGAGGACCCGCUUUUCCCUGCCAAUGACGACUCGCUCUUCUACAAGUCAAGGAUUCAGGGCAUCCAGUGGAAGCGACCAAAAGAAAUAUGCAAUGAUCCACAUCUCUUUGUGGACGGGAUCAGCUCCCAUGACUUACACCAGGGCCAGGUUGGGAACUGCUGGUUUGUGGCUGCCUGCUCCUCCCUGGCAUCUCGGGAGUCUCUGUGGCAGAAGGUCAUCCCAGACUGGAAGGAGCAGGAGUGGAACCCUGAGAAACCUGAGAGCUAUGUUGGGAUCUUCCACUUCCAGUUCUGGCGUUUUGGUCAGUGGCUGGAUGUGGUGAUUGAUGACCGCCUGCCCACACUCCACAAUCAGCUCAUCUACUGCCACUCCAACUCCAGGAACGAAUUCUGGUGUGCCUUGGUGGAGAAGGCUUAUGCCAAGUUGUCAGGCUGUUAUGAGGCCCUGGAUGGAGGCAACACAGCUGAUGCCCUGGUAGAUUUUACUGGUGGUGUCUCUGAACCUAUCGACCUGACGGAAGGAGACUACAUCACUGAUGAAGCCAAGCGAAACCUCCUCUUUGAGCGCGUGUUGAAGGUGCACAACCGGGGAGGCCUCAUCAGCUGCUCCAUUAAAGCCACGUCAGCAGCUGACAUGGAGGCUCGCCUGGCCUGCGGCCUGGUGAAGGGCCACGCGUACGCGGUGACGGACGUGCGGAAGGUCCGCCUGGGCCACGGCCUUCUGUCCUUCUUCAAGUCAGAGAAGCUGGACAUGAUCCGCAUGCGCAACCCGUGGGGCGAGCGGGAGUGGAACGGCCCUUGGAGUGACACCUCUGAGGAGUGGCAGAAAGUGAGUAAAAGUGAGAGAGAGAAGAUGGGGAUGACAGUGGAAGAUGAUGGAGAGUUCUGGAUGACCUUCGAAGAUUUCUGCAAAUACUUCACGGACAUCAUCAAGUGCCGUCUGAUCAAUACAUCCUACCUGAGCAUCCACAAGACCUGGGAAGAGGCAGUGCUACAUGGGGCGUGGACCAGAAGCAAUGACCCCUUGAAAAACCGCUCUGGAGGCUGCAUCAACCACAAGGACACCUUUUUGCAGAACCCCCAGUAUGUGUUCGAUGUGAAGAAGGCAGAAGAUGAAGUGCUGAUCUCUAUCCAGCAGAAGCCAAAAAGAACCAGUCGCAAAGAGGGCAAAGGAGAGAACUUGGCCAUAGGCUUUGAUAUCCAUAAGGUGGAGUUGAAUAGGAACUACCGGAUGCACACCCUGCAGCAGAAGGUGGCCAGCUCCAUCUACAUCAACUCCCGCAGCGUCUUCCUGAGGACAGACCUGAAGGAAGGCCGCUACGUCAUCAUCCCCACCACUUUUGACCCUGGUCAUGAAGGCGAGUUCCUUCUCAGGAUUUUCACAGAUGUGCCUUCAGAUUGCCGAGAGCUGACACUGGAUGAGCCACCACACACCUGCUGGAGUGGGAUGUGUGGUUACCCGCAAGUAGUAUCCCAGAUCCAUGUCCUUGCUGCAGCUGGGCUCAAGAAUCAGGACUCCCAAGGAGGAGCCGAUCCUUAUGUGAUCAUAAAGUGUGAAGGACAAAAAGUUCGCUCUCCAGUGAAGAAGAACACAGUAUCACCAGAAUUUGAUGUGAAAGGGCUCUUCUACCGGAAGAAGCCAGGACAACCCAUCAUUGUUCAGAUCUGGAACCACAACUUAAUAAGUGACGAGUUCUUGGGCCAAGUGGUACUGACGGGGGAUCCCAAUGACCGGCAGUCAGUGCACACGCUGCACCUCCAGGACAAGGGGAACAGGAGGUCAAACGAUCUCCCUGGAACCAUUGCUGUGAUGCUGCUCAGCAGUAACAUCCUCACUAACGUCUGAGUACUCAAAGAUGACUCUUCUGGUGCCACAUAUGUGAAUAUAAACCUGCACACAUACAUACAUAUAUAUAGAGACACACACAGAGCCUUCCUACCAUCUGCAAAGUGUAUAUGAACCAUGCAUGCAUUCCACUCAAAGGAGCCAAUCUUGUGUUUUCAAUGUUAAAAAAUGGUGCCUUUUUUUUGGGGAACCACAAUGAUCCUUCUACUGGCAUCCUCUGCAGCCCCCCUCAUUGCCAUGUGCCCUGUGGGAUCGCUGUGAGCACACUGUGUGUCCUGACAGCCAGAGCACGAUGCCCUGAUGCUGUUUGUUUACACAGGCUGGCACACCCACGUGCCACCAUGCACACGUGUGGCCACUGCGGUCCCACCAGCUGCUUCAGUGCAUCUUUGAUGUGUCUGCUGGUGUUAAGAGUAGCGUGCAUGGAGUUGUCUCCCUUGAAAUUGCCAUUUAAUCGCUUAUCUAUGGAGGCGCCACAGCAAAAAAGUGGAAAAACAGAUUGGAGCCUUCUGUGUGUUUUUUGGGUAUAGGUUUGCAUACUGCAACUGGAAAGAAAAUGCACCAAGGCAGCCCGAAUCCCAAAUUCACAGGGGCAACAAGACCAAAGGCUCUGUCAUUUUAGGGACAAGCUGUGUCCACCCAAGUCUUGUUCAACCCCAUGCAGCUCUGAAGUAUACAAAGAUGUCAACAGCUAUGUGGGAUAACUGUUCUCUGGGGUCAGGCUUUUGAAUUGGUCUGGACUCGGCUCCUGCGUGUGCCUCUUCAACUGCCGUGGUGCCUGCUGUCUCCAUGUCUUCAUGCCAUCCCCAUCCCAAGAGCUCAUCUCAGGAGCUGGGGUGGCUUGUCUGCUAGAGCCAUUCAGUGUUUAAGUAAGAGGAGAUCGAUUCCUCUGAAGGCCAAAAUGUCAGGUCCAAGGGAUGGGGAGCUUUGCUCCAUGCACUACAUCUUUACUGCUGCAUACAGUGCAUCAUUUCUCAGUGCCUCGCUUUCCCAAAUUCUUUUAAAAAAUAGUGGAAUUUUAGCUUGUGCUAGAGGAGCACUGCUCCCAGUGCAGCCUGAAAAUGCUGGGAAUAUUGAAUUCAUACCAGUGUCCGUCUCUCACCUUUCAUUUCCAGUCUCCUGUCUUGGAGGAGGAGUUGCACAGUGCUAGAGCCGGUCUCAUGAGCACAACCCAAAUGCAUCCUUGGGGACAUGUCUGGGGCCAGGGUUUGCUCCUGAUUUCCAUGAAAACUGGGUUAAUCUUCCUUAUUCCACUGGGUGGCAGAAUCUGGCUUCUUAUAAACCAUCCCAGAUAAGCCAAACAACAACCCGUUGUCUGGCCUUUGAGCAGCUGAUCAGGGUGGGUUUCAAACCAUUUUUUUCUCCUGUUGUUUGGAGGUUUUUAUUCAUGUGCCUUUAAAAUGGUGCAAGUUAAGGGAUUUUUCUGUCAGAUUUUCUAACAAGCAAAUCUUUUUCACUCACCUGCUGCAUGCAAGUGGAAAUUAAUACAUAUGAUAAAAUCUUCUAGUCUUGGCAAAUUUUGGCCUCGGCAGAGUCCUUUACCUGCAAGAACAAGUGAACAGGAAAGCCUUCUUUUGCCAUAGCAAGUAGGGUUUCUGCUUGUCCUAGUCAACACCCAUGUUUGUGCUGCAAGGCUGUAUUUUUUUUAAGUCCCUAAAGAUCUUUUAAGUCUAUAAUGUAGUAAACUGUUUCCAAAUUCA